CUUCCCCCCUGGGUCUGCAAAGAUGGAUCUCGCCCACCUGAACGGUUUCCCUGCCGUGGGAAAGAGUAUAAGGCACCGGCCCAGUACAUGAACCUCUCCUCGGCCAUUGGAGAUUAAUCCAUUAUUUGCUUUUGGCGCUCCCCCUGAAUUCGAAACGAUUAGAAAUAGGUGACGCGGCCCUGUCAUUCGUCCAUCCGUCACGAUAACAUCCCAGUAUCGUCGCAGCUAUCACAUCAUACUUUCGACAGGUCAUAAUAUACGUCCGCUCAGUCUCGACCGCUGCUGAUUUCAUCUGCGUCUUCCUCAAAAGUCUUUUUCUCCUUUCUUGCAAUCUUCUAUACCAACCCCCUUCCCCCCCCCGAUCUAACCGAUCUCCUUCAUAACACACAACAUGCCGAACCGCUUGGGAAUUGCCUCGAUGUCGCUGGGUCGACCGGGCAUCCACAGUCUUUCUGGAAAGCUGCACCAGGCUGCUCUGCAUGGCUACGAAGGCAUUGAGCUGUUUUUCGACGACCUCGACCACUUCGCCAAAUCCCUUUUCCAAGGCUGCCACAUUGCUGCUGCCAAGCAAGUGCGCCGGCUGUGCGACUCGCUGGGGCUGACCAUCAUCUGCCUGCAGCCCUUUUCCUUUUACGAGGGUCUGCUCGAUCGUGAAGAAUCCGAACGCAUGGUUACCGAGAAGCUACCUAAGUGGUUCGAGCUUGCUCGCAUCCUCGACACCGACCUCAUCCAGAUCCCAUCCAACUUUCUCCUGGCCGAUCCCGAGACCGGCAAGCUUCGCACGACCGGAGACCGCGCGGUGAUUGUCUCCGACCUGCAGCGUGUGGCCGACCUGGGUCUGCAGCAGUCGCCGCCCUUCCGGUUUGUGUACGAGGCCCUCUGCUGGGGCAAUCACGUUGACACAUGGGACGCCUCGUGGGAGAUCGUCGAGCAAGUCGACCGGCCCAACUUCGGGCUGUGCCUCGACACGUUCAACCUGGCCGGGCGCGUCUACGCCGACCCAGCCUGCCCCACGGGUAAGACACCCAACGCCGAGGCCGACCUGGCGGCCUCGCUGGCCAAGCUGCGCCAGUGCGUCGACGUCAAGAAGGUCUUCUACAUCCAGAUCGUCGACGGCGAGCGCCUGAGCGCGCCCCUCGACGAAUCCCACCCCUUCCACGUCCCCGGCCAGCCGACCCGCAUGAACUGGUCCCGCAACGCCCGUCUGUUCGCCUUCGAGGAGGACCGCGGCGGCUACCUUCCCGUGCAGGAGGUCGCCCAGGCCUUCUUCGACACCGGCUUCGAGGGCUGGGUCUCGCUAGAGCUCUUCUCCCGCACCCUCGCCGACCCCAACCUGGAUACCCCCAAGCAGCACGCCCUGCGCGGUCUGGAGUCGUGGAAGAAGCUGGUCACGCGGUUGAACCUGAGCGCAUCGCCUCCCGCGUCGUUUACGCCCCUCGCCGAGACCGUCGAGACCCCGGCUCCUGCCUCGCCUUUGCAGCACCGUCUGUGAGCUUGCAGCGAGUUGCUUGCAGCUUGACCCUGAACCUAUCUCGCCUCGCCGCUCCAUGAGGGUGUACAACCUUUCAUGACAGCGACCCAGUCUAGAGGCCCACCGAACACAACUUGUGUCUUUCCUACAUGGAAGAGACACGAUGAUUGAACGAAUAUACCCCGGCUUUCAGCUCUAGUGUGCCUCCCAGAGCCACACUUGUAUCAGCCUUGACACGGCUGUCUAUUUGAACGCAUCCUCCCGCUGCCUAUUAGCAUGUUGUGUUGUACUGUACUUGGUAUGAAUGUCCCA